AUGUCUAUGAAAAGGCUCUCACUUCUGCUGCUGCUACAGUUGACUUGCUACUUUAGCGCUGGGAGUUGUGGAAAGGUGCUGGUGUGUCCAGUAGAAUUUAGUCACUGGCUGAAUAUAAAGACAAUUCUGGAUGAACUUGUCACGAGGGGUCAUGAAGUGACUGUUCUGAUAUCUUCAGCUUCCACUAUGACUAAUUCCAGCAAACCAUCAACCAUGAAAUUUGAGACUUUUCCUGUAUCUUUAACAAAAAAUGAUUAUGAGAAUUUUAUAGAGUUUCUUCUUGAGAAAUUGAUGUAUGCAGCGAAAGGUUCCUUUUGGACCUAUCUUUCAGCAGUGAAAAGUUCAUUUUGGGAAUUUUUUGAUACUUCUAUAACUAUGUGUAAAAACCCUGUUUACAACAAGAAACUUAUGACAAAACUACAGGAAUCAAGGUUUGAUAUCCUUAUUGCAGAUGCCGUUGGACCCUGUGGUGAACUGCUUGCUGAAUUACUUAAAAUACCAUUCAUGUACAGUCAUUCCACCUCACCUGGCCAUAUAAUUGAAAAGAAUAGCAGAAGACUUCCAUUCCCACCAUCUUAUGUACCUGUUAUGCUUUCAGAAUUAAGUGAUCGCAUGACAUUCAUGGAGAGGAUCAAAAAUAUGUUAUAUACACUUUAUUUUGACUUUAUCUUCCAGAUAUACAAUGAGAAGGAGUGGAAUCAGUUUUACAGUGAAGCACUAGGAAGACAGACUACAUUAUCAGAGACAAUGGGAAAGGCUGAAAUGUGGCUCAUUCGAACCUACUGGGAUUUUCAAUUUCCUCACCCACUACUACCAAAUUUUGAAUUUGUUGGAGGCCUUCACUGCAAACCUGCCAAACCCUUGCCUAAGGAAAUGGAAGAGUUUGUCCAGAGCUCUGGAGAAAAUGGUAUUGUGGUGUUUACUUUGGGGUCAAUGAUCACUAGCAUGACAGAAGAAAGAGCUAAUACAAUUGCAUCAGCCCUUGCCCAGAUUCCACAAAAGGUGCUAUGGAGAUACAGUGGCAAAAAACCAGACACCUUAGGACCCAAUACUCGGCUGUAUGAAUGGAUCCCUCAGAACGACCUUCUUGGUCAUCCAAAAACCAAAGCCUUUAUAACUCAUGGUGGAACCAAUGGCAUUUAUGAGGCCAUCUACCAUGGGAUCCCUAUGGUGGGCAUUCCUUUGUUUGCUGAUCAACCUGACAACCUCGCUCAUAUGAAGGCCAAGGGAGCAGCUGUCAAAUUGGACUUGGAAACAAUGUCAACAAGAGAUUUGUUUAAUGCAUUGAACGAAGUCAUUAAUAAUCCCUUAUACAAACAGAAUGUGAUGUGGUUAUCAACCAUUCACCAUGAUCAGCCUGUAAAGCCCCUGGACCGAGCAGUCUUCUGGAUUGAGUUUGUCAUGCGCCACAGAGGAGCCAAGCACCUGCGGCCAGCCGCCCACGACCUCACCUGGUACCAGUACCACUCUCUGGACGUGAUCGGGUUCCUGUUGGCCUGUGUAGCAACUGCUGCAUUUGUCAUCACAAAAUGUUGUCUAUUCUGUUACCGAAAGUUUCUUAAAACAGGAAAGAAGAAGAGGGAGUAG